GACCUGGAGCUUGCCACCCCAGUGGGAUCAGGACAUCAGGAGGGGAGCUCAGCUCACCCCUUCUCUGCACCAGUGGGAGGUGGGCACGAGCUCCCCCCCCCUCUCCCGUGUGCUGCCUGAGCCUCACUCCUCAGGCAGAGAGGGUACUGAAGAAGACUACAGGAUUUGGGGUCUGCCUCAUCCCUUGUCAUCAGGAGUCUGUUUUUUCUGAGUGACUUGCCAGCUCUCCCUGCCUGGCCAGCCUCACAGUGGCUCUGAAAGCAACCGGAGAGGCAGCUGAGGGAUCCUGGCUGAACCGAAGUCCAGCCUCUUGCUUCCCACUGCUACACCAUGAAAAUCCUGCUUAGUGACGUUCUGCUGCUGAGCCUGCUCUCCAGCGUGUUCAGCAGCUGUCCCAGGGACUGUCUCACCUGCCAGGAGAAGCUCCGCCCAGACCCUGGCAGCUUCGACUUGAAGGCAUGCAUCCUCCAGUGUGAAGGAAAGGUCUUACUCCGUCCUCUCUGGACUGCAUGUGCCAAAGUCAUGGCCGGUGACCCUGGGCAGCUCAACCCUGCUGACCCAGAGCUCGUGACAGCUGCUCUUUACCAGCCAAAAGCUUCGGAGAUGCAGCAUCUGAAGCGAAUGCCCCGGGUCAGGAGCUUGGCGCAAGCGGCAGAUACGGAGCCUGGCACUGAUGAUGCCGACGAGGUGGAACAGAAGCAGUUGCAGAAGAGGUUUGGGGGCUUCACUGGGGCCCGGAAGUCGGCCCGGAAGUUGGCCAACCAGAAGCGGUUCAGUGAGUUUAUGAGGCAGUACCUGGUCCUGAGCAUGCAAUCAAGUCAGCGCCGGCGCACUCUGCACCAGAAUGGCAUCCAGGUGACCCCCCGAACAGCAUGUGUCCACACUCAGAAGUGCCGGCCAGGAGUCAGGAUUCCUUCUUCCCUGAGGCAUUGAGUACCCACAGCAACCCCCUGCCCGGUUGUUGUCCCCUCCCCAUGGCAUGUUUCACCACAACCUUGUUGCUACAUCAGAGUGUAUUUUUGUAACUCCUCCAGCUAACAUUUCCACGGCCCUUCCUCUCCCUCACCUUCCGCCCUCUUCCAGGGCCAGGGGAGAGGAAUGUGAAAUCAGACCCGGGGUCUUGCCUUGUCACUGCCAUAACCUGUUUCUAAAAGAUCUGUUCUUUUUUGACCGAUCGUUUGAAACAACUCUCUCCAUUAAACUUCUACUGAGC